GGAGUUUUUUAUAAUUUCAUUUUUAAUUGUUUUAAGCCCGCAAAGCACUUUGCUUUAUAUGAAGAGUGCUUUAUAAAUAAAGCUUUAAUGACUUGAACAGUCACUUUGACCUGUUUCUGACAGGUCCAGGUCUCUAUUUUAAUUGUUCUUGAGUCAAUUUUAUUACAAAAAUUAAGAAUUUUGUUAAACUCAGUCCGGACUGGCUCUGGAACAUCUUGUUUCGGUUGUAUUUUGUGUUAAGUUCCAGAUUUGACCUGCACUGAGGGUUUGUUAAUUAUAACCUCAAUCGAAUGUAACUGCAGUCAUUUUGAAGGAGCACUCAGUCCUGGGUGAUUGCAGCGGAUGAUGGAGCUUUUGUUUAAAGCGCCACCUCGCCGCCCCCCCACCUCCCUGCCGGUUGUGGUUAUGUGUGGCAGUGCUUUCAUCUCCAGGAGAAAGCUGAACAGCAGCUCAGCAAAGCAAACCUCAGACAGACGCAAGGAACCAAACAAAGAUGUCUGCAGAACCGGUUACCAGUCAGAGCCUGAACUGUGGAUCAGUGUGCAACCUUUCUCUGGAGAGCCAAGCGCCGCCGCAGCUGGUGGACGCCUGGUUGGUCCCCACCUUCUUCGGCCUCAUCAUGCUGGUGGGUCUGGUUGGGAACGCGCUGGUCAUACAUGUGAUCACGAAGCAUCAGCAGAUGAAGACUGUCACCAACUUCUACAUAGUCAAUCUGGCCACCACUGACAUCCUGUUCCUGGUGUGUUGUGUGCCCUUCACCGCCACUCUGUACCCUCUGCCCAGCUGGAUCUUUGGGGAGUUUAUGUGCCGUCUGGUUAACUACCUUCAACAGGUGACUGCGCAGGCGACCUGCAUGACCCUGUCUGCCAUGAGCGUGGACCGCUGCUACGUGACGGUCUAUCCUCUGCAGUCGCUGCGACACCGCACUCCCCGCUUGGCUCUGGCCGUCUCCGUGUCCGUCUGGAUAGGCUCCUCGCUUCUGUCCGUCCCUGUGCUCGUGUACACCCGUCUAGAGGCAGGAUACUGGUUUGGCCCCCAGAUUUACUGCAGCGAGGUCUUCCCCUCUGCUUUUGUCCAGAGAGCCUUCAUCAUUUACAACUUCUUGGCCAUCUACCUCCUCCCCCUCCUCACCAUCAUCGCCUGCUACACCUUCAUGCUGAAGCGCAUUGGCCGACCCAGUGUGAACCCUGUAGACAGCAGCUACCAACUGCAGGCUCAGGCGGAGCGAGCAGCCGCCGUCCGAGCUCGAGUCUCCCACAUGGUGAAGGUGAUAGUGGUCCUCUUCCUCAUCUGCUGGGGCCCCAUCCAGGUCUGCGUCCUGCUGCAAGCGUUCGGACUCCGCAGCUACUUUUUAUACAAGCUAAAAAUUUGGGGCCACUGCUUGUCCUACUGCAACUCCUCCAUCAACCCGCUGGUUUAUGCCUUCAUGGGCAACAACUUCAGGAAGGCCUUCAGACACGCUUUCCCAGCAUUCCUCCUGUGGCGCGCCAGGAGACGAGUCCGGGUGGGACAUUUGGACACGGAGGACGGGAGAGAUCCGCAGGCACCCAAAGGAGACGCUGAGAUGCAUUUCCUUUCAUCGGAGUCCUAAAGGUCACGCUGGCCGUUCAGAUGCUGCGCGCUCAUUUAUUAUUGAUAAACCCGGAGUUUGGAGCUGCACAUAAACACACGGAGGUUCAGUAUUUGUGGGCUAAAGAAAAAGUGAGCGUGCGUGCCUCACAUGAUUCCUCACGAGCAGCUUAAAUUACAUUACUGUCAUUAUGUUUGCCUAAUUCAGGGAGACUGAGGCUUGACUGGAGCAACUUUACUUAAAGCUUUCCAUCCAAAUCCUGUCCUGCUAGAUUUUUGUGAGCUGGUGAUAUUUUUAUUUUCUUAUCUAUUUGUUCAUGUCCUUCAAUAGUGUUUUUUUGUUUAUUAAAUAUGUAAAUCUAAAUGUUUGUUAAUUUAUUUGUCAUUUGGAUGUUUGGUUUAGAAAAACAGCUUAAUGAAGCCUCACUUUGAUUUUUAUUCAACUAUUUGUGCAAAAACUGUUUUUAAUAACAGAUUUGAAAUGAGAAUAUAAAGAGCUAAACUUAAGCUAAAAAUGUGAUUCUCUUUUCACUUCUAGAUGUUAAAUUCACUGAGUGGCUGAUGGGCUCACAUGCUAACAUAAGACCAGUAAUAGAUUUUUUGUGACAUCAUUUGUCAGGUGGUCAUUUUAAUAAUUAAAA